CCUGGACAUGUUUUCAACGAUCAAAAAUAUAAUCAACCUGCCGAAUAAGAACAUUUCCAAGAUUUUCUUGAAAACCGUUACAGACGAAGAAACAUAAUUAGGGAUUUUCUUUGCAACCCAGAAGAAGAAUAAAGGGGGGAAAGUCUCUUCUUUUCUUUUCUGGAUUCUUCUUUCUCUUUUCUUCGGUUUGCUUUCUGUUUCUCCUUUGAAUCUUCAGGUCGGAGAUUUUCCUGAUUCGGUUCGUGUAUGAUGUGAUUUUUGUAUGCUCGAUUGAUCGAUCCUUUGAAGAACAAAGGAUCUUCUUUUCAGCAUAUAUUCAUAAAUCUCAAGAUUUGUUGGUUUUUGAGAUAAAAGGAGAUUUGAGGGUUGCACAACAGCAGAUAUUGUCUAAUUAAUGGAGCAAUUCAGACAAAUAGGCGAGGUUUUGGGAAGUCUAAAUGCACUAAUGGUACUACAAGACGAUAUCUUGAUCAACCAAAGACAAUGUUGUUUGCUGUUAGACAUCUUCAGCUUAGCUUUCACCACUGUCGCAGAAGAGAUCAGACAGAAUCUGAAGCUCGAAGAGAAACACACAAAGUGGAAAGCCCUUGAACAGCCUCUCAGGGAGCUUUACAGAGUGUUUAAAGAAGGAGAAUUGUACGUUAAGCAUUGUAUGGACAACAGUGAUUGGUGGGGCAAAGUAAUCAACCUUCACCAGAACAAAGACUCUGUUGAGUUUCACAUACACAACUUGUUCUGUUAUUUCCCUGCGGUUGUCGAAGCCAUUGAGACAGCCGGAGAGAUUUCGGGUCUUGACCCUUCUGAGAUGGAGAGAAGGAGAGUUGUGAUAUCAAGAAAGUACGAUAUAGAGUGGAACGAUCCUAAGCUGUUCCAAUGGAGGUUUGGGAAACAGUAUCUUGUCCCUAGAGAUAUUUGCAGCCGGUUCGAGCAUUCAUGGAGAGAAGACAGAUGGAAUCUUGUGGAGGCGUUGCAAGAGAAGAGGAAAUCAGACAGCGAUGAUGUCGGAAAGACAGAGAAGCGUCUUGCUGAUCUGCUUCUCAAGAAGCUAACCGGGUUAGAGCAGUUUAACGGUAAACUGUUUCCGAGCUCGAUACUUGUUGGCUCAAAGGAUUAUCAGGUGAAGAAGCGGUUAGGUUCAGAUGGACAGUACAAGGAGAUUCAAUGGUUAGGUGAUAGUUUUGCAGUGAGGCAUUUCUUCAGCGAUCUUGACCCGUUAAGUUCUGAGAUCUCUUCUCUUUUAGCACUUUGUCAUUCGAAUAUACUUCAGUACCUCUGUGGAUUCUACGAUGAAGAAAGGAGAGAAUGUUUUUUGGUUAUGGAGCUUAUGCACAAAGAUCUUCAGAGCUACAUGAAGGAGAAUUGUGGACCAAGAAGAAGAUAUCUCUUCUCAGUAUCCGUAGUGAUUGAUAUAAUGCUUCAGAUUGCAAGAGGAAUGGAGUAUCUCCAUGGAAACGAUAUCUUCCAUGGAGAUUUAAACCCAAUGAACAUUCUCUUGAAAGAGAGGACUCACACAGAAGGCUACUUCCAUGCCAAAAUCUCUGGAUUCGGUUUAUCUUCUGUCAAAUCUCGGUCUUCCUCUAGACCAAGCACUCCUGAUCCUGUGAUAUGGUACGCACCUGAAGUUCUAGCAGAGAUGGAGCAAGACACUAAAGGCACAACAACAACUCCGAAAUCGAAGCUGACUCACAAAGCUGAUGUGUACAGCUUUGCAAUGGUGUGUUUUGAGCUUAUAACAGGUAAAGUUCCGUUUGAAGACAGUCAUCUUCAAGGUGAGCAAAUGGCUAUCAACAUUAGGAAGGGAGAGAGACCUCUCUUCCCUUUCCCUUCACCUAAACACCUCGUUGGUCUGAUCAAACGGUGUUGGCACUCAGAACCGAGCCAGCGUCCCAACUUCUCUUCCAUUUGCAGGAUACUAAGAUACAUCAAGAAGUUCCUAGUUGUGAAUCAAGACCAUGGCCACCCUCAGAUGCAAACUCCACUUGUUGACUGUUGGGACUUGGAAGCAAGGUUCUUGAGGAAGUUUCCAGGUGACUCAGGGUCACACACGGCGUCAGUGAAUCAAAUCCCUUUCCAGCUAUACUCGUAUAGGGUUUUGGAAAGAGAGAAGAUGAAUCCAAACUCAAAAGAAAGCAGUAACUCAGAGGCAAGCGAAUCAGAAAGCGUUUCAGUGGUCGAUGAUCCACCUAACGCCACAAGAGAUACAAAGUCUUUGUGUCUAGACACAAUCUCUGAAUACUCAGAUACAAGAUCAGUUUCCUCAGAAGCUCCUAUCAAAAAGGUCUCACCAGCUUUAAAGAAAACCGGCGAGAUGGUAAAGCUGAGAAAAAGUCCAAGCUUAGGUUCAGAGAAGUUGAGAGCUACAGGGACUACUACGCCGGUAAAAGCAAGAUCAUCGCCGAAAGUAUCACCGUUGAGUCCAUUCGGAAGAAGCAUUAAGGCGAGGAAGGAUAAUCGAUUGCCUUUGAGUCCAAUGAGUCCUCUAAGCCCAGGAAUACGUAGACAACAAACUGGUCAUGCUUCAGACUCUGAGCUUACUUAGCUUUUCAUCAAAACAUUAAGAAACAGGAGAAGAUUCAUGAAAGACAUUUUUGUCAGUUUCAUAAGUGAAAAACAAAACAGAAACCAAAAUCAAUGAGGUAGGAAUCUUUGCAUACUUUUUUUGUCAGUUCCUAUAUAGAAGCUUCUCGUGGGAUUUGUCUUCAAGAGUAUGGUUUCCAUUUCUUUUCUUCUUUUACUGGGUAGCUUUUGCAAGAAUACAAUCGAAUGUUGCAAUACUAACUUUUUUUUGUGUGUGUACAAAACAGAAACUGAUCAGUUUUUUCAAAAAGAUUAACAUUCAACUA